GAGAUCCGCCCAGUCUCACACACACAUCCCGAUCUUGGCGCAUAUGAAAUUUACUCCUGUAGACACCGGUCUGCCCCAGCGUCUUUCGUUUAAAAAUUGGGACACUGAGAUCCAGGGAGCAGGGUCGGUCUCCCGCGCCCAGAUCCACACAGUGGCUACACCAGAAGCAGGGCUUGUUUCAGCCAUCGAUCCCUCUCAGCUCCUACCCUGGAGACAUCUACACAUGGAGGUCCCCUAGGGCAUCCUUGAAUCUUAGCUUUGUGCCCCCUCCCAGCGUCCGAGAGCCAUUGCGCUGUGGCUCCACAGGCGUCCGCGGCUCCUCUGCCCUGGCGAGGGAGAGCCUAGUGCCGGUCAGGACAGCGGUGAAUGGAACUCGGGACCAGGACUCGCCCCCGUUGAGGCGCUCACCGAUGACGCUUAGCUUGGCGUCCUAGCAACGCCGUUACUAAGGAGCGGCACGCUGUCCGAAACAUGGAUGCAACCACUGCCCCGCACCUCAUACCCCCGGAAAUGCCUCAGUACGGGGAAGACUACCACAUUUUCGAGAUGAUGCAGAACAUGCUGGAGCAGCUCCUGAUCCACCAGCCUGAGGACCCUAUCGACUUCAUGAUCAGUCACCUGCGCAGGAACAAUGACAAUGUGCCGAGGGUUGUGAUAUUAGGUCCGCCUGCCUCAGGGAAAACCACCAUCGCCAUGUGGCUCUGCAAACAUCUAAACAGUAACCUCAUCACCAAGGAGAACUUACUAGAAAGAGACUUUUCCCAUCUGUCUGCGGAAGCCAAGAGAUACGACCAGGUUUACAAGAGGAUUCCCAAUCAGAUUUUUGUCAGCCUUGUCCAGGAACGUCUGAAUGAAGACGACUGCCUCAAAAGGGGCUGGAUUCUAGAUGGCAUCCCCGAGAGGCGGGAGCAGGCUCUGAUGAUCCAGACCCUGGGGCUGGCGCCCAAGCACGUCAUUGUGCUGAAUGCUCCAGAUACCGUCCUGAUUGAGAGAAAUGUGGGCAAGCGGAUCGACCCUGUCACUGGAGAGAUCUAUCACACCACCUUCGACUGGCCCCCUGAGCCUGAAAUACAGAACAGGCUGAUACAGCCGGAGGGCAUCUCGGAGAUAGAAACAGCGAAGAAGCUGCUGGAGUACCACAGGCACAUCAUCAGGAUUCUUCCUUCUUACCCCAAAAUCCUGAAAACCAUCAGCUCAGAUCAGCCAUGUGUAGAUGUCUUCUACCAGGCUCUGACCUACGUCCAAUCUGGCCACCGAUGCAAUGCCCCGUUCACCCCCAAAGUGCUGCUGUGUGGGCCGAUGGGCAGCGGGAAGAAACUGCAGGCCGCCCUUCUGGCCCAGAAAUAUGGCCUUGUGGACAUCAGCUGCGGGCAGCUGCUGAAGGAGGCUAUGGCAGCCAAGUCAAGCUUCGGGGAGCUCAUCCAGCCAUUCUUUGAAAAGAGGAUGACAGUUCCAGACAGUAUCAUCACCAAGGCCCUGGCUGAGCGUCUGGAGCAACAAGACUGCAUCCAGAAAGGGUGGGUGCUGCAUGGCUUCCCAAGAGACCUGGACCAGGCCCGGAUGCUGACUUCUAUGGGCUACAAUCCUAACAGGGUCUUCUUCCUGAAUGUGCCAUUGGACUCCAUCCUGGAGCGGCUGACACUGAGAAGGACAGACCCUGUCACAGGAGAAAGGUUCCAUCUCAUGUACAAGCCCCCUCCCACCGUAGAGGUCCAGGUCCGACUCCUGCAGAACCCCAAGGAUUCAGAGGAGUACAUCAAGCUCCAAACAGACUUGUUCUACAGGAACUCUGGGGACCUGGAGCAGUAUUACGAUCGAGCCAUCAUUGUCAACGGAGACCAGGACCCAUACACAGUUUUUGAGUAUAUAGAGAGUGGGAUCAUUAAUCCUCUGCCCAGGAAAGUUACCUGAUGUGUGUGAAGCCAGGAGCAAGCCCCGAAGACACUCAGAUCCCCUCAACCCUCAUCAGACCCCCAAUAAAGAUGCUAGUCACAA